CAUUUGACCGUGCUGCUGGUAGGCGGGAUCUUCUCUGUGUUGUGUUUGUUUAGUAGAGCAAGAGCAACGAUUUCGGUUUUGUUUUCUCUGUUUUCCAGUCGCUGAACGGUAUCGUUCGGCUGAUCAUUCAAUAAAACCAGGCGCAGACAGCACUUUGUUGCUCUGCACACAGGGUACUUGCAUUGAUUGCUGCUCGAUGGAAAAAGUGUAAACAUGUUCAGUUUUGAGGGAGAUUUCAGGAGAACGCCCAAGGUGUCCCUUGGUGGAGCGAGCAGAAAAGAGGAAAAAGCGUCACUUCUUCAUCGAACACAAGAAGAAAGAAGGAAAAGGGAGGAUGAAAGGAAAAGGCUAAAAAAUGCAAUCAUCAUUCAGUCAUACAUAAGGGGAUACCAAGACAGGAAACAGCAAUAUGCCAUUCAGAGGGGCCGCUUCGACCGGUGUGUGUGUCAGUGCCAGUCAGGCUCCGGCCCUCAACUGGCAAACAAUGCCAUACUAAGCCAACUCGUUCGCCAGCUGCUCUUUUUUUACAGGCAGAGUGAAGACAGACCAAGAAUGAUCUGGAUGUGUCAGAGUUUGGUAAAACAUCACGCUCAGUUUGUGAAGCUGCUGACGGGGCCAGAAAGACAGAGCUGCCUGUUUCAGAUCAAGAGGAUACUGGGACACUGUUGCAGGUUAUUGCAAGCAUGUGAAGAUGACAGUUUGAAUGUGGCCGUCCCGAUGCGGAUGCUGGAGGUCUUUUCGUCUGAGAGAACCUACUUGCCCUUUCUACAGGAUGAAAACUACGUCACUGCACUUAUUGAGCAAAUAUUGUACUAUAUGGUAGAGAAAGGAUAUUACAGAUCGCUGUAUGUUUUAGUGAACCACAAGUUGCCGUCGAGUCUAGAGUAUAGUGAUGCUCCUUCCAUUCCACUGGCACAAACGCUGCUGGAACACACGCUCAAGCCUCUGCACUUUACAUACAGCUCCUGCCCUACAGAUACCAGGCAGUUUGUUUUUUCGGCCUUCACCGAGGAGUUCAUUUCAGCGCCUUUCACAGAACAAAUCUAUAAUUUCUUCGUGCCAGCUUUGUCAGACCCAAAACUAGCUUUCCCAUUUCAGAACUUCCUUUGGUCUCUUCAGGCCACCAUAGCCUCCUCUGCCCAGGCCAGAGCUCAGGCUCCCUGGCUCUUUUACUUUGUGCUAUCAGUUGGAGAAUCAGGACUGGGUUCGCUUUCAGAUAAAGGCUUGCUGUUGUACUUGAAUGCGCUACAGACUCUGUUGCCAUUGUUGCCAGUGACCGAGUGCAGCAGUAGAGCUGACAUCAACAGUGAUUCAGAAGAUGAGGAAGAAAUGACCGUACAGCCUCCUGCUGCGCAGGACGGCAGUUGGAUUUCUGUGCAUUAUAUAACAGAGGAGUGUGUACAGAAGUUAGACACCAAGCAGCAGACUAAUGCCCUGCUAACAUUAGUGUGGAGAGACUCAGCAAGUGAGGACAUCUUCACCAUGAUGGCCUCUAUCUGUCACACGCUGAUGGUGCAACAUCGUAUGAUGGUGCCCAGAGUUAGGCUUUUGUACAGUUUAGCCUUCAACGCUCGCUUUCUCAGACACCUAUGGCAUUUAAUCACAUCUAUGAAGACUAAAAUGAUCACAGGCUCUAUGGUUCCCUUGUUGCAGGUGAUGUCUAGAGGUUCUCCAAUGUCUCUGGAGGACGCCAACAGGAUCAUCCCUCUCUUCUAUCUUUUCAGUUCACUCUUCAGUCAUUCACUCAUCUCUGUGCAUGACAGCGAGUUCUUUGGCUCAGCAGAUGGUCAGAGCCAGACGUCGAUGAUGCCCUUCUCUCUGGCGGAGUUGGUGACAUUGUCUCGGUGUUUGCGGGACGCGUGUCUGGGAAUCAUUAAGCUGGCCUAUCCAGAGACUAAGACGGAGCACAAAGAGGAGUAUGUUGCAGCAUUUCGUAGUGUCGGGGUGAAAACUAACAGCCAAGUUCAGCAGCACAUUCAAGCCCAGCAAAAACGAUGGGUCCAGCUCUUUAAGGUGAUUACCAAUCUUGUGAAAAUGCUGAAAGCCCGAGAUAUUCGAAGACCGUUCUGUCCAUCAGGUCAUUGGCUAUCUGAUGAGGUCAACAUCAGAGCAGACAAGGUGACUCAGCUCUAUGUGCCCUCUGCAAGACAUGUGUGGAGAACCAGGAGAAUGGGACGCAUCGGACCGCUUCAGUCCACGUUAGAUGUUGGACUGGAGCCUCCACCAUUGUCCGUAUCGGAGGAAAGACAUUUGGCAAUCCUCACCGAACUUCCGUUCGUUGUGCCCUUUGAGGAGAGAGUGAAGAUCUUCCAGAAGUUGAUUUAUGCCGAUAAGCGUGAAGUCCAAGGGGAGGGCCCUUUUUUGGAUGGCGUUAAUAUAACCAUUCGACGAAACUACAUCUACGAAGAUGCUUACGACAAAUUGUCCCCCGAGAAUGAGCCUGAUCUUAAGAAGAGGAUCAGGGUUCAUUUGCUCAAUGCACAUGGGUUAGAUGAAGCUGGCAUUGAUGGAGGAGGGAUAUUCAGAGAGUUCUUGAAUGAGCUGUUGAAGUCCGGCUUUAAUCCUAACCAAGGCUUCUUCAAAACAACUAAUGAAGGUCUUCUCUAUCCGAGUCCCACCGCAGAGAUGCUUGUGGGAGAGUCCUUCACCCGUCAUUACUACUUCCUCGGCAGAAUACUGGGGAAGGCACUGUAUGAAAACAUGCUGGUGGAAUUGCCAUUUGCAAGUUUCUUCCUGUCCAAGCUCUUGGGCACGAGUGCAGAUGUGGACAUCCACCAUCUGGCCUCUCUAGACCCAGAGAUGUACCGAAACCUGCUUUUCCUCAAGAGCUAUGAAGGUGAUGUGGAAGACCUCGGCCUUAACUUCACCGUGGUCAACAAUGAUCUUGGGGAGGCCCAGGUGGUCGAGCUCAAACCAGGGGGAAAGGACAUCCCGGUAACCACAGCCAACAGGAUAGCCUACAUCCAUUUAGUGGCCGAUUACCGUCUGAACAAACAGAUCCGAGCACACUGCCUGGCCUUUCGACAGGGCCUGGCCAACGUGGUCAACCUGGAGUGGCUGCGCAUGUUUGAUCAGCAGGAAAUUCAGGUACUGGUUUCUGGUGCACAUGUGCCCAUCUGUCUGGAAGACCUCAAGAGAUUUACUAACUACUCAGGUGGUUAUUCAGCAAAUCAUCCAGUGAUCAAGAUUUUCUGGGAUGUGGUGGAGAGCUUCAGCGAUGAUGAAAAACGCAAGCUGCUCAAGUUUGUUACAAGCUGCUCACGACCUCCGCUCUUAGGCUUCAAGGAGCUGUACCCAGCCUUUUGCAUUCAUAACGGAGGCACUGACCUGGAGCGUCUCCCCACAGCUAGCACUUGCAUGAACCUUCUCAAGCUGCCAGAGUUCUGUGACCCUCAGCAAAUGAGGAACAAGUUGCUCUACGCUAUUGAGUCCUCUGCUGGCUUUGAGCUCAGCUGAGGAACAUGUCAGCUCCUAGAUGGCCUUGAAACCCAAACAAGAAUAUUCAGCUUUUGUCAUGGCGACCAGAUGGGAAAUGAUCAGAAUGGACAGACGGCCCGCGUCUGUGUGAAUCUACAGUGAUUUGCCGAAGGUGCUGGGAAACAAGACAGUUUGAAGUUGUGGCAUGGACAAAUACAUGCUCAUUUUUAUUUUUACUUCAAAGAAAGUAAUCUUGUACAUAAUGCAUUUAUAAAUUCGAAGCAACACCCAAGAAGGCGUCCGUUGAUUGAAAGCACUAACAUUGAACAGGAACAUCCGAUUGUUGAAGAUAUAGAGGGAAUAAAAUGGCAGCGCAAAAUUUACUUGUAGAUUUUCCUUGGUUUGGCAUUUCUAACACCAGAGAGGAUGUUUUUAGACGAUGUCGUUUUACGUUUUCGAAUGCUGUUUGUCACCGUAGUGCAGCACAAUUUGAGUGUCUACCAAUAAAAUGCAUGCGUUUGCCUCGCUAACUCAAGAACAAGCUAAACAAGAUUUCUCCAAUAUAACAGCAUGCCUGCAACGUCUCCAGUACAGUAUACUAAAGAGUUGGCUUGGUUCUAGAUCACAGCGCUUCAGCUAUACAAAUGCGCUUGCCUUGAUACAGGGCUUGCUAAUGGUGUAGCAUUGAGCUAUUAAUUUUCCAGGCUAAAAAUGAUUUUAUGGCUAAUGUGCCACCAACAAAAGAGUUUAAUAGAUUAGAGUCAUGGCAGGAUGGGUGAGGUUAACAGGGGUGGUAGAACAGUAGCACAGAAAAUUGUGUGUAGUCGUCUUGUUUUAAUCAUGUAAUGAAUUGAACUGGCAGGUUCGGGUAGACAGUCACCUAAUAUAGAGAAAAGAAAUUGUGAUUUAAAUUAUGUAAUCAUGUAUUCCACACAAUGGGCCUUGGCAUUAUAGCAAUGAUUCUGACAUUUGUGCAAUACAGUAAAAACAGACCUUGAAGACAUUCAAGUGGUUCAAGGGGAGAUUUUCAAGUCAAAUUGAUGUGGGAAGGAACAAUGUGACUUAAUAGCCAAGGCCUGUGUACUGGACACUACUCCAACAUCUGCUGUAGCACAGAACAGCUCAGUAAACUGAAGAGGAUGAUGUGUUUCCUGUCAACAUCUUCUGGUUGCCUUUUUUUUUUUUUUUUUUUUUUUUUUUUGCUGCUACUUCACUGGUUUCAGCACGGCUGUAAGGACAUGUUUGUUGGUUGGCAGAGCUGAUGAUGAUGGAUAUGUGAAUAUGUAUAUGUCUACAUCUUUUAAAGUUGAUGUUCAGCAUUUGUACAAGACUUUUAAUUUCUCUCGUCAGUAAAAACCUGUCUCCCAACAUCUGUUGAAUUAGAACAUAUAACUCCAUACAGGUGCUGAAUAUUUGAUUGUUUACAAACACCGAUGUGUAGAGUUUGUCUUGAUGCUGGGGCCUGUUUCAUAAAACAAGCUUACCAAAUAAACCAGGCUUAUUUCAGUUAGUCUGACUUCUUGUCAGUUGGUUUGGAUGAAGUAAGCCUGGCUUAUUUGGUGAACAGGCCCACGGUGACGAGAAAGCAAAGUUUGCGUAAAGAUGUUCGUUUACCGACUUUAAGUGUAUGUGCCCUGAAUGAUUUUUUUGAAAGACAAAGACAGGUGUUCAAUCUAUGUGUCAGAGUGUAUGGCAAUGAUUAAAUAUGUUUUGAGUUUUUAUUUGCA